AUGUCUACAUCCGCAACUGCCAACGCCGCGCACGAUUGGAGCGCAACGCAGUAUCUGAAAUUCAAAGAUGAACGCACCCAGCCAGCUCGCGACCUUCUUGCUCGGGUUCCUUUACAGACCCCCAAGACAAUCGUGGAUCUAGGCUGUGGCCCCGGAAACUCAACCGCGGUGCUAGAAUCCCGCUACCCCGAUGCACACCUGGUGGGGAUUGAUUCAUCCCCAGACAUGAUAAAAAAAGCCAAGUCAACCAUCCCGCAUCUUGGGUUUAGCGUCGAAGACUUGAAUUUUUACGAGCCCCAAAAGCCAGUUGAUAUCUUCUACUCCAAUGCUGUCUUUCAAUGGCUUGGAAAAGAAGAACGAAUCAACGUCAUCAAGAGACUGAUGGCGACUCAACCAUCCGGUGGUGUCUUUGCGUUUCAAGUCCCCGAUAACUUGGGUGAACCUUCGCAUGUAUUGAUGCGAGAGACUGCUAAAAGUGGACCGUGGGCAACUAAGUUGCAGUCUGUUGGUCGUGAUACUUUCCAAUCGCCACAGGAGAUUUAUGAUCAACUUAAGCCUCUAUCUUCGGAGGUUAAUUUGUUCCAUACAAGCUAUUACCAUUCUCUCAAAAAUCAUGAAGCUAUUAUUGAAUGGGUGAAGGGGACGGGACUCAGACCUUACGUGGAUCCUUUGGAUCCUCAAGAGAAGGAGGCAUUCUUGAAAGAGUACUUGAAGCGUUUGCAGGAGGCUUAUCCAUCCUCUGUCGAUGGCCGAGUCUUACUUAAGUAUCCACGACUGUUUGUGGUUGCUAUUAAGCAGUGA